CUCAUCUUUAAGAUGGCGACCGAAGGGUGUACACCUCGAUCUUCAGAUGAACUUUUUGACUUUUCAUGCACACCAUGUAACAAGAAAGACAAGAACAGUGAGGCUGUCAAAUACUGUGUUGACUGUCAGGAAUAUCUGUGUGAGAAUUGUGUAGACAAUCACAACAGUUUCUCUGUUUUAGCUGGUCAUACAUUAGUAGGACAGUCAAAGUUUGGUCAAAGUGGAUCAGGUAGCAAAGAUUUACCGUCGGUGCCGACAGAGAGAUGUAAGCUUCAUUCUCUAAAACUUGUAGACAUGUACUGUGCUGAUCACGACGCCGUCGGAUGUCAUGUAUGCUUUACGAUCACGCAUAGGUUAUGCCAGGAUAUCCACUACAUUCCUGAAUAUAUCCAGACAAACAAUCUGACAGAUGAUGGUAGCAGAAUAGAGGCAGAAUUGGAAAGAGCAAUUAAUGAAAUUGGUUUUGUCUUAGAGAAGAAACAGCAAGAAAUUGAAAAUAAUAAGAAAGCUAGAGAAACACAUCUAGAAGAUAUAAAACAGUAUAGGAAAAAGUUAAACGAAAUUUUAGACAAACUUGAACAGGCCUCUAUCACUGAACUUGAUGUGACGUUUAGAAAGCUAGAUGAAGAUUACCGCAAAAGUGUAACUCAGAUGCAGGAAUGCAUAGAAAAACUUGCUUCCCGAAAAGCUGAUAUAGUAACGUCACAGAAUAAUCAGUCUCAAACCUUUGUUAACGUAAAGAUGUCUAGGUGUUUAUUAUCAGACAGUGUUAAAGAUAUAACCCUAUUACCAAAUCAAGGAAGGUUAAGACUCACUUUGGAAAGGAACUUAGAAAUAUCACAUUUCUUAAAGAAACUAGACAUGUUGGCAAAAUGUGCAACCAUGAAGCAUGAACUUUACAAAAUUUCAAACAGAACAACCGUGAAUGUGAAAAUGAUUGAUGAUGAACUUGAAUGUAGCAUUUGGUCGAGCUGCGUGCUUGACAAGGGCAAUAUUUUGAUUACAGAUCUAUCAAACACAAACUUGAAGUUAGUUGAUAGUGGGAACUUCAAAGUUAAAGAUUCAUUGGAAAUGUCUGGUAGCCCUUCAUCUGUUUGCAAAAUAAGUAAUUCAGAAGCUGCAGUAAGCCUUAGUAUUAUUAAAACAGUGCAGUUUGUUGCAACAGAGAAUCAUCUCACCAAAACGCGUUCUCUGAAAUUUGAUCACGAGUGUAGAGGCUUAGCUGUUAUUGACGGACGAUUGGUGAUUGGGAAUGAUAAUGACCAGGUUUAUAUCUAUACGAUGAAUAGACAAUGUUUAAAAGUUAUUAAGACAGAAAAGACAGGGAACAAAAUGUUUGGACGUGUACGUGAGCUAUGCGUGAGUGAUGAUGGGAAAAUGAUACACAUAGUUGAUGCUCACAGAGGUGUAAUAACUAUAGAUAGAGAUGGCACCGUGUUGUGGAAAUAUAACGGACAGGAGCUUAAAAGUCCCUGGGGAAUUUGUACAGACGGUACUGGAAAUGUGAUUGUGAGUGGUUUUUCUUCACAUAAUGUUGUGCAGCUUUCACCUGAUGGGAAGUUACUCGGAAAAAUUAUCUCAGACGAGUAUAAGUUAAAGAAUCCGAGAGCUGUGUGUUUUGAUAGAAAAAAAUGUAAACUGAUCGCAGCGGUUGGAAAUGAGCUUCAUUGCUUUCAAGUUAAAUGAAGUGUUAAAUGUCCGUGGUAAAAUAUUCAUUAGUAUAAUAACUGUAAGAUAUUAAAUAGAUAAAUGACUAAUUGCCCAUUUUCAAAAAGAUUUUCUGAAAUUGUUUUGAAUCAGAAGAACAGAGCUGGUUUUGUAUAUUUCAUAAGCAUUUUAAGUGCAUUUUAAAAAAAAUCUGCGGAUGUUUAUAAUUAUCAUGUGUAAAUGUCGAAUUCUGAUUGAGCGGUAUCUUGCAUUAGCAACUUUCGCUCUCGAAUAGGCUCAAUCCAUGGGAGCCUGAAAAAUUUACAGCAUUGUCCUUUAUGUCAUUUGUUAAGGAUUCCCUUAUUUGAUCUAUUAAAUAACGUUCAAGUGACAUGACAUAAGGUGCUUUUGAAAUACAAAUAUAGUAACAUAGAUGAAUGUAUAUAAUAACAACUGACUCAACGUUCAAGAAAAUAAUUUCGAAUUCUACAUUGUUAUAUUUUACAAAAUAUGAACGGUUCUAUAUUGACUGGCCGAUAUGUUGGAGGUCGUCCUACUGUAUCAGUCAAAUGCCAUAGAGACAUUGUCUUUUUUGUCAAUUGUGUUUUGUUGUUGUUUUUUUUUUAAAGAAGAAUAAACUGUAUUUUUGAUAUAUUAAGAAGUGAUACAUUAAGCAUUAUGACAUAUGAUAAGCUGGUGGAUCCGGUCAAAAUCGUAAAGCAUGAUACUUUUAAUAAGGAGAUCGACCAUUCCAGUAUUAUACAAGACAAUGAAACAUUCUGAAUUCAAUAUAAAAUGAUGAUUUACUGCCUAUGUUUUUACUCUGAUACGGAACGUCGGUGGUUCUACUCAGGUGCCCGCUCGUGCCUGAAAAUAAUGCACGGAGGGGCACCUGAGGUCUUCCUCCACCAGUAAAGCUGGAACGUCGCGAUAUGACCUAUACUGUGUCGAUGUGACGUACAACCCAAUCAAUCAUUUACUCUGAUAAAACGUCAACACUAAAUAGUCGUCUUACUUACAAUGUAUCAUGAUAAAUAAUUGUAAUAUAUGUAACAGUAACUUGUCCACAAUUU